ACGGUCGUUCAGGUCCCAUCGAAACACGAGACGGAAACUCAGUCUGCAGAAAAUCCCGGAACCCUCCUGAAGUUCAAAAAACCCUCCAAAAAUCUCCACUGUUUUUUUUUUUACUUCCUCUUUCGUCCUUCAUCAACCUCUCAGCUCUCAGUCUCUCAUGGAAUCGCAGCAAGAUAGACAGUCUCCGGCGGCGGCGCUCGAAGACUGCUUGAAGCUAUUGAAGGGCGAGAGAGACGAGCAGCGCCUCGCCGGCCUUCUCCUCGUCACCAAAUUCUGCAAAGGCGACGACCUCUCCUCCCUCCAGUCCAUUUACAAUGCCGUCGGCGUCGGCUUUCUCGACCGACUCCUCAGGACUGGGAUGGGAAGGGGAAGCAUUAGCAGUAGCGGAAGUGAAAAUCGGGAUGCGUAUUUGCAGCUAUCGGUUACUGUUCUUGCUGCAUUCUGUCGUGUUCCGGAAAUUGCUGCUGCAAACGACAUGGUUUCGAAGAUUCCAUUGGUACUGGAAGUUUUAUCCAACAUACCAGGAUCGGCUGUUCUUGAUGAAUGCUAUGAAUUUUUGUAUUUGGUGUCAACGGCUUCUGAAGACGGAAUCAUGAUGAUGUACUCAUCUGGUGGCAUGAAAAUGCUGGCUUCUCAUAUGUCCGUUUUGCCAGACGGUUCUCAUCAAAUGGAGCUUGCUAUGAAACUCGUGCAAUUGAUACUAAAUAAACUGUCUCUUGACAUCAUUAGCAAUGACUAUCUUCAGGAACUUGCAGUGAUUGUGGCUGCAAUAGCGAGGCAAUUUGCUGUCUUGCAUAGUGCUGUGAAAUUUGAUGCGCUCCACCUACUGUCUGCCAUCCUCUCAUCGCAGUAUGCGGCACCACUUUGUGAUUCUCUUCGUGUAUUACCAGAAAAAGAUUUGCCAAAUUACAUACGCGAUGGUAUUGCAGCCAUUCUACAAAACCGUGUUGCGCCUACCGAAAAGCUUCAGGCACUUAUUUUGGCUGAUUCUAUGAUGAUGAUAUACGGGGAACGAUGGUUGAUAGGUCAGAUCAGCUUAAGUGAGUUGAAAGAGCCUAUUCCAGCUGACAGGUGCCUAGUGCUAGUACUGGAGCAAUCAAGGGUUGAAGUUGCGGUUCUUCUUAAUGAGCUUGCCCAGUUGAAAGAUGAAGCAUCCAAGAAAUCUACGGCCCCUGCUGAGACAAUUUGUUUAAAGAAACGGAAUGUGGCUAUUGCCUUUUCCUUACUUGAAAAGAUAAUUAGCUUAAUAUCAAAUGCCAGUGAGAAUGAAGGGGAUCCUAUUGAUGAGAAUACUUGCAUGACGGUGAUUAAGGGCCUUAACGAGACAAUUGGCGUGGUUUUAGAGUAUUUACAAGAUGCAAGGGAACAUGGACAAAGGAAGGGAGAUGAUCUUCUUGCUUCAGUGCGGCUAAUUGGGAGCUAUCUUGCAGAAACACCGCUUGCAUGCAAAGAGAAUGUUAGAGAACUUUUAGAGUAUAUGCUUUCUGUGGAAGGCGAAGAUGAACAAGGCCCCUUCUAUUCUAUAUGCUUUUUGCUUCCAAUGCUCUGCCAAAUGACAAUGGAGAUUGAAGGAUGUAAAGCUUUGGUUUCCUGUGGUGGCCAUAACGCUGUUGUUGAUUGCCUUGUAAAAUUGAUUGGGCCACAUGGCUAUAUGGUUGAAGAUAAUGAUCGCAUUCUUUUGGCUUGUGACACAAUCUUGAAUCUUCUUUUAAAGAAAGAGCAAUUGCAAAUCCCACUGGAUGAUUCAGUGCUUGUUAAUCUAUUGAAAGCACUGGCAUACUGGACAGAGGGUAAGGAUGACCCAUCCACUAUUAUGAUGGCUUCAAGCAUUUGCUCGCUGCUCUUUGAUUUGACAUCCGAGAAGGCUCUUCUUAAGCAUCCUAACUUUGAUGACAGCACUCUAGAUAGUUUAUCUCGUCUCAUCGCUAGAAGUAUGGCUUCAUGGGGACAGGGUGUGUCUGAUGCUGCUAAAGAAGAAGCGGAUCUUCUUGAGAUUGUCACGUCAGGAUAUUCUCAAUGGGCGAAUCGGUUCUCUCGUGUGAGGAAAGCCGUUGAGAAACAGCCAGCUGGUCCUGCAGCCCAACAAUGGACUUUUAUUUACUAAUAUGGUUGGUUACGGCUUACAACAAUGAGGCGUUGGAUUCUGUC